AAACACUUAUACCGACCGGUGUACAUGUUUUCACGAAUUGUGUUGCCAUUUCUGUUAAGGCUUUUAGCAUGAACGCGUUCAUAAUUUCACUUAAAUGUUCACGAUUUGACCGCGCGGCGUUCGGUUUUUAUGAACACAAAAUAAACUGUCGGAAAUCGUGAAAAGUGACCACGAUUUUUUUCUAUUUUUUUUUUUUGGUGGACUUUUUGUUAAUAUGUUAAAUUAGUUAGCUGAAAGCAGUUGAAACCAUUUCAAAACGAGACCACCGCCUUUCAAAAGCCCUCCUCAAGUUCAAAGUAAAGCGAAUACGAUUUUGGCGUUAGUGGUCUUUAGAUCAAUUCGCAAAAUGAUCCUAUCGGUUAAUUAGACGGCUUUGAUGUCGGCGACUGAUAGAACAGAUACCUAAAUAAGUAAAAGAAGACUACUUUAUGCUUAAACUAUCAUGAAAACGGCCCGGGGCGAAAGAAAGACAUAAAUUGAAAACCGGUCAAAAAUCAUUUUCUAGAGAAGCAAGCAGCUGCGACUGAAAUUGAUUUACGAGGCGAUACGGAUAAAUUUCUGGUAUCCACAGUAUCCCAGAUGAACUGUGAGUCUUAGGGCUUUGGGUAUAAAACUAAGCAAGGUCCGAGUGGAGGAACACAGUCACCUACAGAAGAUUACAAUUGACGAACGAUGAGAACUAUUAGCGGCUUGAUCGUUCUAGCAUCAAUUUUUGCCUUGAAUGCUGCCCAUCAGGCUUCAAACGUCAAAAACCGAACGAACGAUGCAUUCUCCAAGAUCGUUCCCCGACUUCUGUGGAACAUGAAGCGCGGAGGCAACCAGGAGAGCCACCGAAACACACAGCCUAUCAUAAUUGUGCAGCAGCCCAGCUGGAUAGCGGAUCGCGACUCGGACAGACAACACUACCACCACAGCCCGUACAAUACCCCCUACUAUCAUUACUACCCGCAACCGCUACCGCCCAGCCGUCCACCGCCACAGUUCCCCGGAAUGGAAUACCUGAACAGUGCCGGAGGCGGACCAACCUACCUGAUCAUCAAUCCUAACAACAUGCAGGGAAUUUACCUGCCCUCUAGCAAUUCCAACAGCUCAAACUCUACCAGCUCGCGUCGUAGCGCCUUCGUGCCUUCGAUCGCUGAUUUGCUGCAAGGCCUCAACCUGAACGAUCUUGCGGACGGAAUCGUACUCCAGGAUGAUACCGAAGUUGUUAAUGCUGCAAAAGAUGAGACUACGGCAGUCCCCAGCUCUGAGGGACCGAUCCCCCCGGCUGAUGACGACAACCAGAAGGAUAUAAUCAGCGAGGACGAGGUCGAGGCCCUCGAGCGCCAAACGAUCGAGGGCCCAGGUAACAAGCACGUGGUCUCAAUCUUGAUGCAGGACAAUCGCCGUAAGCGCAUCCAGGAGUUUUUGGCUGGCAUCUAUUUGAGGAACUACAACCUGAACAUAAAGUAGUCAAACGUAUAAUAGCUGAAACAUUUUGAAAUUAUGUCAAGCUGAAUAAAUAGCGGGAAGCCUUACCGUUACCUAAUAAGG